AUGGGAGAGCCAAGCAGCCAUGCAGGUGCCGCGACUUCUAUCUACAGAGGAGUCCGCAAGAGAAAAUGGGGAAAGUGGGUAUCGGAAAUCCGAGAACCGGGCAAGAAAAGCCGAAUCUGGCUCGGCAGCUUCGAGACGCCGGAGAUGGCGGCGGCGGCCUACGACGUGGCGGCGCUGCAUUUCCGGGGGCGGGAGGCGAUGCUGAAUUUCCCUCACCUUGUCAGCAGCUUGCCCCGCCCGGCGAGUUACAUCCGCAUGGCGGCUCACGAGGCGGCGCUGAGGCUGAGGAGCGGUAAUAUUUCUCCUGUUCCGGCGGCGUCCGAGAUUGGCGGCUCGGGCCCGGGAGUGGGGCCGGUCACCGUUCGGCUGUCGCCGAGUCAAAUUAAGGCGAUCAACGAGUCGCCGCUCGACUCGCCGACAACGUGGAUGGAGAUGUCCGAAGCCAUGAUGAAGGAGUCGGCCAUGUUCUUCAAUGAUGCUGAAGAGAAUGACUAUUGGGGCGAGGAUAUGCAAAGUGAUUCUCUUUGGGAUCCUUAAGUUUGGUAAUGACAUUAUUUUUAAUUAUUAUUACUAUAGCUAUACAAAACGACAUAACGCCGUAUUUUAAUACCAAAACAUAAUAUUAGUUACUAUUUUCAAUCUUUCAUAAGGGAGGUCACAAUAUUAAUAUUAUAUGACCUGUGGGCUGUGGUAGUAAUCAAUGAAAAAAAUAAUGUUACACUGGUUUGAGCUAAUUUGGUUACCAUUUACUUGUAAAUGAUGAAGAUUUGGUUGGCGUAUUUAGGUAAUUAAUUAAUUAAAGAGAAGGGAUUUCUCUCUAUAGGGGAUUUGUUUUGUUAAUGAAAGCAGAUUUGUGAAAAGAACAUUGUUUGAUGUUUGACGGAAUAGUAGAGGGCGCUUCGAUUUUUUUGAAGGAAGCCCAUUGCUGUUCAUUCUUAAAAGGGAGCUUAUUUUUGGUGGGUCCCAAUUAAGAUAGAAUGAGAAGAAGCUUUUAGAAAGUUCAGUGGUUUUUCGUUGGCCUGAUUUUUCAAGGUUUGUUCUUUGGUGGCGAGGUGCACGACUAAUGUGUAGUCAUCAAUGGGCCCACUAUCCACAAUCUCAUUUGCCUAUUGACUUAUUUGUAAUGAUCAUUCGGCUUUAUAUAUAGAAACGUGUGGGUGUGAUUAAUUCUUUGUAUUAAUGUUUAUUUAUGUAAUAAUAAUGUUUGAUUU